GGUAAACUCUUUCAUCUUUGGUAAAAUUGUUUACAGUUUACUCAAGCUUGUUAAAGGUUUGAUUCACUCUUUUGACUGAAUCACACUAAAUAUUCGUCUAAAAACCAAAACAAAAUGUCGAGUACAUCACAAAAACAUCGUAACUUUGUGGCUGAACCUAUGGGAGAAAAGCCGGUUACAGACUUAGCUGGAGUUGGAGAGGUCCUUGGAAAGCGAUUAGAAACUGCAGGUUUCGACAAGGCUUCUGUUGUUCUGGGACAGUUCUUAGUCUUAAAAAAAGAUAAGGAGCUGUUUCAAGAGUGGAUGAAAGAAACUUGUAGCGCCAAUUCUAAACAAUCUGCUGACUGUUACCAGUGCUUAAAAGACUGGUGUGAUGAAUUUUUGUAACUUACAGAUUUGCAUUUAAGAUUAUUCACAAUUUUAUACAAAUAAUUAUUUUGUUAAGGAUAAAUAAAACAUGUAAAUAAUAGCAUUUUCUAUUUUAUAAUGUGUGUGUUAUUUGUAUUUACAGAAAUUGUUCAGCUGACUUGUGAAAUAUAAAGUAAUUUCAAC